AUGUGGCACUUCAUGUCUCUCUCUCGAGUACUUGUUAUACUAAGUCUUCAGUUCUCAUUGCUAGCACUGGUUUCUUCUUCUGGCUGGAAAACAUUGCAAGGGUCUCCACCACUGGUCAUAGCACGUGGUGGGUUUUCAGGGAUAUUUCCAGAUUCAAGUUCACCUUCCUAUAGUUUGGCUCUAGACACUAGUGGUCCAAAUGUUACUCUAUGGUGUGAUGUGCAAUUGACAAAGGAUGGAAUUGGGAUUUGUUUUCCACAUCUUAAAUUGGACAAUGCCACUGACAUUUCCAUGGCUUAUCCUGGCAAAGCAAAGGAUUACUCGGUUAAUGGGGUCCAAAGCAGGGGAUGGUUUUCUGUGGAUUACAACUUUGAUCAACUAGCAAAUGUCUCCCUUGUUCAAGGAGUGUACUCUCGGACUAAUAGGUUUGAUGGCAAUAAACUCGGCAUUCUCAGUGUUGAGGAAGUAGCUAAAUUAAUGAAAUCACCAUCUACAGGCCUGUGGUUAAAUGUUCAGCAUGAUUCAUUCUUCAAGCAACAGAAUUUGAGUGUAGAAAAAUUUCUACUCUCUCUCUCAGCUAAAAGUGUGUCUGUCAGUUACAUCUCAUCACCUGAUGUGGAUUUCUUAAAGAGAGUAAGAUCAAGCUUUAGUCCUGGAAAAACUAGCCUAAUCUUCACGAUUCUAGAGCAGUCUAAGAUUGAAUCUGCUACCAAAAAGACUUAUGGUGACCUCUUGAAAAAUCUAGCGUUAAUCAUAACAUUUGCUUCAGGAAUUCUUGUUCCCAAGGGCUAUAUAUGGCCUGUAGACUCAGGACUUUAUCUACAACCACAUACCUCUCUUGUCUCAGAUGCUCAUAAAGAAGGUCUUCAAGUUUUUGUAUCAGACCUUUUUAAUGAUGUUCCAUUCAGCUACAAUUUCAGUUUUGAUCCUCUACCUGAGUGUCUAUCUUUCAUUGAUGGGGGUGAUUUCUCUGUUGAUGGUGUGCUGUCUGAUUUUCCAGUGACUCCAUCUGCAGCCAUAAAUUGCUAUUCUGGCCUAGCGAAAAAUGCCAAAAAACAAGUGAACACUUUGGUUAUCACAAAAUAUGGAGCAAGUGGAGACUACCCUGCUUGUACUGACCUUGCAUAUACUCAAGCUAAAUCAGAUGGAGCAGACGUACUUGAUUGCCCUGUUCAAAUGUCAAAGGAUGGAGUACCCUUUUGCUUAAGUUUUAUAGAUCUUUUAGAGAGCACAACAGUUGCUAAUGAAACAAAAUUCAAAAACCGUGCUACAUCUGUUCCAGAGAUUAAAUACCGCCGUGGCAUAUAUACAUUCAGCUUGACAUGGGAUGAGAUAAAGACAUUGACGCCCUCAAUAUUGAACCCUUAUGAGAAAUACACAUUGGUCCGGAAUCCAAAAUUCAAAAAUCAAGGGAAACUUUUAACCUUGUCUGAUUUUUUGACCUUGACUGAAGGCUCUCGCAUCUUGAUCAGCAUAGAGAAUGCUGCCUACCUUGCAGAGAAGCAAGGAUUAAGUGUGACAAAUGCAGUCCUUGAUGCUUUACACAAAGCAAAACCAAGAUCACAUAGAGUUAUGAUUCAGUCAACUCAUAGCUCUGUGCUGAAAAUAUUCAAGGAUAAAUCCAAAUAUGAAGGGGUUUACAAGGUUGAUGAGAAUAUUGGUGAUGCUGCUGGCUCAGCUAUUGAGGACAUCAAAACAUUUGCUGAUUCUGUGGUAAUAGGAAAAGCAUCUGUUUUUCCUGAAACUUCAGCCUUUCUAGUUAACUCUACAAACACUUUGGCAAGGCUACAAUCAUUUAACCUCUCAGUUUAUGUGGAGACUUUCAGCAAUGAAUUUGUAUCUCAAGCAUGGGAUUACUACUCAGAUGCAUCUGUUGAGAUAAAUUCAUUUGUCAUUGGAGCUAAGAUUCAAGGAAUUAUUACUGACUUUCCUAAGACAGCUGAUAGAUAUAGGAGGAACUUGUGUUUAAAGCAUGGCAAGAAAGAGCCUUAUAUGAGUCCCACUAAACCUGGAGAACUUCUAAAACAAAUUUCUAAGUUAUACCUUCCACCACCUUCCCCUCCACUUCCAGUCUUGAAUGAUAUUAAUGUGACAGAAGCACCUUUGCCUGGUGUUUCUGGAAAAGUUCCAUCUCCCAGGGCACCACCUUCAGCCUCCAUCACAGCAUAAAGUUGAAUAUUAUAUAUUUUUAUGUGAUAGUAAACUAAGCUAUCCAUGCAUGCUAUUAGUUGCUAUCAGAAGUAUUUUUUUAUUAAAUUGAGUAUUAUAGUUAUUAUGAUAGCUCCUAAUGUAAAAUUUUAUGGUAACAAAAAACAAUGUAAGAUGUGAUGACCCAUGUAGUGUUCUUUCAUU